ACAGAUGAGCCAGACGGGCAGCAGUGUCUUCCGCAAAGCCAGCCUGGAGCUCCAGGAGGAUGUGCAGGAGAUGCACGCCAUGCGCAAAGAGGUUGCCGAAAGCUCGGGGAACCCCAGUGUGCUUAAUGUGAAGACUGACGAGGGGGACCCCAGCAGCUUUCUGAAGAACUUCCAGGACAUGAUGCGAAGGCAGAGACCGGAGAGAGUGUCUCAUCUUCUUCAGGAUAACUUGCCAAAGUCUGUUUCCACUCUUCAGUACGAUCGUUUCUUUGAGAAGAAAAUUGAUGAGAAAAAGAAUGACCACACCUAUCGCGUUUUCAAAACUGUGAACCGAAGGGCACACAUCUUUCCCAUGGCAGAUGAUUACUCAGAUUCUCUGAUCACCAAAAAGCAGGUGUCCGUGUGGUGCAGUAACGACUACCUGGGAAUGAGCCGCCACCCACAGGUUGGGGAAGUUAUGGACACUUUUAAGCAACAUGGUGCUGGGGCAGGUGGUACUAGAAAUAUUUCUGGAACUAGUAAAUUCCAUGUGGAUCUUGAGCGGGAGCUAGCUGACCUGCAUAGCAAAGAUGCGGCCCUCUUGUUUUCCUCAUGUUUCGUGGCCAAUGACUUGACCCUGCUCACCCUGGCUAAGAACUGUAAGAUCUACUCUGACGCUGGGAACCACGCCUCCAUGAUCCAGGGCAUCCGCAACAGCCGAGUGCCAAAGUACAUCUUCCGCCACAAUGACGUCGGCCACCUCAGGGAACUGUUGCAGCGAGUUGAUCCUGCUGUCCCCAACAUUGUGGCAUUUGAAACGGUCCACUCGAUGGAUGGAGCUGUGUGUCCACUGCAAGAACUGUGUGACGUGGCCCAUGAGUUUGGAGUGAUCACCUUUGUGGAUGAGGUCCAUGCCGUGGGACUGUACGGGGCUCACGGUGGAGGGACUGGCGAUCGGGAUGGAGUCAUGCCAAAAAUGGACAUCAUUUCUGGGACUCUUGGCAAAGCCUUCGGCUGUGUGGGAGGGUACAUUGCCAGCACGAGCUCGCUGAUCCACAUGAUCCGCUCCUAUGCGGCUGGCUUCAUCUUCACCACAUCCCUGCCGCCCAUGCUGCUGGCUGGAGCCCUGGAGUCAGUGCGGGUCCUGAAGAGCUCCGAGGGCCGGGCGCUGCGCCGCCAGCACCAACGCAACGUCAAGCUCAUGCGACAGAUGCUCAUGGAUGCUGGCCUCCCCGUCGUCCACUGCCCUAGCCACAUCAUCCCUGUGCGGGUUGCAGAUGCUGCUAAAAACACAGCCAUUUGUGAUGAGCUGAUGAGCCGACACAACAUCUACGUCCAGGCCAUCAACUACCCGACGGUGCCGCGGGGGGAGGAGCUCCUGCGCAUUGCACCCACCCCCCACCACACGCCGCAGAUGAUGAGCUACUUCCUGGAGAAGCUGCUGGCCACGUGGAAGCAGGUGGGACUGGACCUGAAGCCGCAUUCCUCUGCCGAGUGCAACUUCUGCAGGAGGCCGCUGCACUUCGAAGUGAUGAGUGAGAGAGAAAAGUCCUGCUUCUCAGGCCUGAGCAAACUGGUGUCUGCUCAGGCCUGAGUGGGACUCGGUGACGCCAUCCAGCCCCCAGCCCAUCAUAGUCAGCUCUUUGUAAGAGAAGUAAAUUAUAUAUCACAUGUUAAUCUAGAGUGCAAACAGUCCUGAAAAUAAAUUCCUGUUGAGGUGAA